AUAUUGACAGUGCUUGUAAUAAAUAAAUCACCAUCACAAAUCCAUCGUACAUCACAGAAACCCUGCACACAAAUGGGAUAAAUUGAAUAAAAGCAUACUAGUAAUGUGUUAUUUACCACUUCAGCAGUCAGUUCAAUAGUAUAGGUCCGGACGUGUGAAGCCACUGGACUAGGGAGGCUAUCUUUAGCAUCAUCCCAGUUGCUGGUGCCUUUAAGAGAAGGUUGAGCACAGACCAGCGACAUGAGGCGGGCACAAGCAUGUCUAAUGUUUCUUUCUAAAUAGACCCUAAAGGAGUAGACACACUGUGCCAGGGAACACACACACUCUCGCGUAGACUACUUUCGUCUUUGUGCUACGCCACUUAAAGCGAGAUAUGGCUGCUGCUGGCACUGUGCUGACUAAGGAGCAGCUUCUGUGCCCCAUCUGUCUGGAUUUGUUCAACCAGCCAGUCUCCACUCCUUGUGGGCACAACUUCUGCAGAGAUUGCAUACAAAGAUACUGGCAGAGCGCUAAUCUGUCACAGUGUCCCAUGUGCAAGCAGAAGUUCUACAGGAGGCCAGAGCUCAAAGUUAACACCUUCAUAUGUGAAGUGGCUUCCCAGUUCAAGAAUUCAUUGGAAAAGAAAGACAAAGAAGAAUCCAUUACAGUGGACCAGCAUUCAAGCCAUAAAGGAGACGUCUCAUGUGAUGUAUGCGUUGGAAAAGGAGUCAAGGCUCUUAAAUCGUGCCUAGAGUGCUUGGCCUCCUUCUGUGAAACUCACCUGGAGCCCCAUCAUGUUUUAGGCACCUUCAAGAAACACCACCUGAUCAACCCCACAAUGAACAUGCAAGACAGGGUGUGUAAGAAGCACGCAAGACUGCUAGACCUGUUCUGUCACACUGACCAGACUUGUGUGUGCCAGAUCUGUAUUAAGAGAGACCACAGUGCUCAUCACACUUUGUCCAUAGAGGAUGAGAGCAGGGAGAGGAGAGCUCAAAUCCAAAGGGUAAAUGCAGAGGUGGAAGAAAUGAUUAAAUGCCGACGUGAAAAAAUCAGCGAAAUCAAUCAAACCGUUGAGCUCAGCCGAGUGAACACAGACCGAGAGAUUGAAGAGAGCAUGCAAGUCUUCAACAAUCUGCUCCACUUUGUCCAGAGGGGUCAAGCUGAGGUGGUGGAGGUGAUUGGUACAAAGCAGAGGAACAUUGAAGGCAAGGCCAGAGGUCUCAUCGUGGAGCUGGAGCAGGAGAUCAGUGAGCUGAGGCGGAGGAACGCGGAGCUGGUGGAGCUCUCGCACACCGAAGACAACUUCUUUCUCAUCAACAGCUUUCCAGCUUCCUCUACACCUCCGGCCACCAAAGACUGGUCCACCACCUGCGUGGAGAGUGCUGUGUAUGUGGGCACGGUCAGGCGGGCAGUGAGGAGAGUGGCGUGUCAGCUCGAGGAGACAGUAAAGGCUGAGGUGAAGAGGCUGUGUGAGACCGAAUUUCAGAGGGCCAAGCAAUGUGCUGUGGAUGUGACUCUGGAUCCAGAUACAGCUCAUCCCAAACUGGUGCUGUCUGAAAAUAAGAAGCAGGUGUUUCACUGUGAUGUAGCGCAGAGCUUUCCGGACAACCCGCUGAGAUUUUACCCCGGUGUCAGCGUUUUGGGAAAGGAGGGUUUCUCCUCCGGCCGGUUGUACUGCGAAGUCCAGGUGAAAGGCAAGACGGAGUGGGAUAUUGGAGUCGGGCUCCAGUCCGUCAACAGGAAAGGAGGGAGUAUACUGAACCCUGAGACAGGCUACUGGGCCCUGGGGAUGAGGAAGGACAACAGCUACUGGGCCCUCAGCAGCACUCCUAUCCGCGUGCCGCUGGUCGGGAAGCCCCAGAGGGUCGGGGUGUACGUGGAUCUGGACUGGGGGCAGGUUUCUUUUUACGACACAGAGUCCGCUUCUCACAUCUACUCAUUCACUGGAUAUUCAUUCAAGGAAAGACUUUUCCUGUACCUUAACCCUCGCCGCAAUCAUGGUGGCGUCAACUCUGCCCCUCUGAUCAUCAUGCCCGUCGGCGUCUGAAAAUCCGACGUUUCCUCGGGUUUCAUCGCGUUUCUUUUUCAAAUCACAGUUAGCAGAGGUCCAACAUGUUAAUUGCUGCUGUUUUCCCUAAAUAAAAUGUUGUUGUCAAUUCA